AUGGCUUCCAGUCGCCCUCUUCCCAUCGCUGAGGCAUGGGACAGUCCCGAUGCUUAUAUUGAGGAGCUCCUCUCCUUCUCUACCACGUCAGUGCUUUUUAUGAAUUUGUGCGGUGGCGUGCAUAUGGUCGAUUUUCUGACCCGCGAACCCGACGUCUAUACAACACUACUUCCAGAAAAUUGGAGGUCCUUUUUCGAGCAGCAUCAGAUUCAGGAUAUCAUUCACCUACUUCUAAGGGAGGAUAUUGAUCACCUGCGAGGCGCUCAGGGUCCCCACACAGAUCCCGGCAGCCGUACUUGGAAUGGAGGAGCAUUUCCACCUGAGAGCCUCUUGGACUACAUUUGCAAUGUUCGCCGACUGGUACUCCAACAAGGUUCAUUUACCUCACCAUCCAAGAAGAUAGAUCUACCAAAGCAAGUUGCUAUGCGCAUGAACCGAAAAAAAGUGCACGAGGUUGAAUGCUUUUCUCAAUAUGUUGCAUCCCUGUCAGACAUCGUUCAAAAGCACCAAGGGGAGCCGGUCUCUCAUAUUGUGGAUUUUGGAUCUGGACAGAACUAUCUGGGACGAACCCUGGUCAGCUCUCCUUAUCAUAAGCACAUCAUCGCAAUCGAGCGCAAACAUCAGUACAUCACAGGUGCCAAGGGCAUGGAUGUCCGAGCAAAGCUAGCGAAUGACCCAAAGGCUCUACAUCAUUCCAAGAGGAAAGAUCCGUGCAAUGAUUGUAACGGGACUGCAGAGGUGAAUACAUCUGAACCGUCGGAUUCCCCCCAGCCUACGACAGAAGGUUCGCAGGUCUCCGAGGAUGCCACUGCUUUCGAUAUGCUUGGCGAGAUUAGUCUUGAACCUGAUGAGCUACUCGGUACGCUCACGAAAGGUUCACGCCGAGAAAAGCUCCCGACACCGGAGGUCCUUAAUCGCGGUACUCUCAGCUAUAUCGAACAUGACAUCCAAGAUGGCUACCUAGAGCCCAUCAUCGAACACGUCACUAAACCAUCCCUUGAUGAGGAUUCGGAAGGGGCCGAUAAAAAAGAAACCAACGCUAGAGUCAUGGUUGUUUCUCUUCAUUCCUGCGGGAACCUUGUUCAUCAUGGCUUAAAAUCCCUGAUUGUUAAUCCUUCGGUGGUGGCAGUCGCUAUGAUCGGCUGCUGCUACAAUUUACUGACCGAGCGCCUCGGUCCAGCCACUAAUAAGCUGCCUAUCCUUCAAUCUCUACACCCUCGACUUCAAGAGACUGGCUCAUCAUACGAUCCGCAUGGAUUUCCCCUCUCCAAAUACUACGAAGAUUACCGAAGUCCCGGAACAACAGAAGGAAUUAGGCUUAAUAUCACAGCUCGUGCAUUAGCCGUGCAAGCUCCACUCAAUUGGACGGCCAAAGACAGCGAAGUGUCAUUUACGCGUCACUACUUCCGUGCUCUUUUCCAGCGCAUUCUCGUUGACCGUACUGUUCUCCCUAAACCUUCAGCGUCAGAAACUCCCCUCUCUGGCAAGUCUCACUCAGAAUCAAAAGCCGACGCUUUUAUCAUCGGAUCAUUGCCCAAAUCUGCCUACAAGUCUUUCAAUACAUACAUUCGUGCAGCUACGGUCAAGAUGAGCCGAGAUCCGAUUUAUGGUUCCAGGAUAAAAGACCACAUUGCUACCAUGACCGAUGAGGACAUUGAACACUACGAGGCUGAAUACCUCCACACAAGAAAACAUAUCAGUAUAGUGUGGAGUCUAAUGGCGUUCAGUGCGCAGCUUGUCGAGUCCAUAAUUGUUGUGGAUCGGUGGCAAUAUCUCCGGGAGCAGGAUUCCGUCAAAGAAUGUUGGGUUGAGCCAGUGUUUGAAUACGGUCAUAGUCCCCGUAACCUGGCAGUGAUUGGUCUAAAAAAGUGA